CAGCUCCAAUCCUUAGCCGACUAUUGCGUGCUAGUUGCAAUCCUUUCUGCUCUUUUGUGCAAGCCCACUGCUAAUUACGGUGUAAUGGUCUAGCCGGCUAUCACCGCAGUGCAGGCGACUUGGCACAGCCCCCAGGAAGCCCGUUCACUGAAUCCACUCUGCACUAAGGAAAAAGUUGGGAUCGUCAUUGCGCCCCCAACCACGACACUGCGCCCCCACGGUUUUCACCAUCCGGCCCCAAUAUGGCGAGAGACUUGUCGCCGUACAGUGCGCGACGACUGCUUACGCAACAAUUAGUCCAAGGAAAGACUGCCUCGCCCCCAGCAGUCUCAGGCGGGAAUCGAAGUCCAAGCAGCUUCUCGAAACAUGGGUCAGAACGCGUCGGGAAAGAGCCUUCGAUAGCAUCUGGUCGCCCAUCGCGGAGUAGAUCGAGGGAGAGGAAGCCCAGGCACCUAUCCAAAGACGACGAACCAAAGGAAGCGGCCACCGAGCCCAGCGCUGUUCGCAAGCGGGAACAAUCCCCAGAACCAUACAGGAAGCCGCGAGAUUCGUCCAGAGAGAGGAGACGCGACGGCUCGAGAGAGCGGAGAAAGGACCGCUCCAAGGACAGGCGACGCGACAGGUCACGAGACAAAAGACGAGACAAAUCAGGCGACAGAAAGAAAGAUCGUUCGAAGGACAGGCGGCGCGAUCGCUCACACGACAAGGACAGAGGCGGAGACAGGCACAGGAAGCGCGAUCGCUCCAAGGACAGACACAGCCGGCGAGAUCGCUCGCGCUCCAGAGACCGACGACGAAAAGACAGGUCCAAAGAAGGCCGACGUUCACGCUCGCCUAUACCAUAUCGUUCCCGCAAACCGCGUACUCGCUCGCCCUCCGCAUCUACAUCCCCUCCGCCCAAACGUCGCCGACGUACACGCUCCCCAUCGCCUUCGCGCUCAUCUUCUCCACACAAGCGAGUUAAGAAAGCGCUACCGUCGCAAGAAAUCUCCUUUCGCGGGCUGGACGACUCCGCCCAACCACCCUCGAAAUAUGGCGGCGCACCACCUGACAAGGAGAAACCCAACUUCAAGCCUACUGGCGCGCUAGCUAAAGCUGCCAACCGCGUAGAAGGCACCAAGAUCUCCCUCAAGUACCACGAGCCACCCGAGGCGCGAAAAUCACCCGCUUCGCAACCCUGGCGUAUCUUCGUAUUCAAGGGCGAUGAUGUGGUAGAUACCAUUGAAAUAUGGCAGAAGAGUUGCUGGCUACUGGGCCGAUCACAUGAAGUCGUCGACUACGUCCUUGAGCACCCCAGCUCGAGUGGACAACAUGCAGCCAUCCAGUUCCGGUACAUACAGAAGACGAUCGAAGACGAGUUCGGCGUGAAGAGCCAACGAGGAAAGGUCAAGCCGUACAUUAUCGACCUGGAAAGCAGUAAUGGCACGGAGCUGAACGGCGAGGAUCUCGAAGCGAGUCGCUACUUUGAGCUCAGAGACAAAGACAUAAUCAAAUUUGGAGGGAGCGAGAGGGAGUACGUGGUCAUGCUGCCACAAGCAGAUGCUAAGUAGGAAAGGACAACGAAGAUGACGAACGCAGAGAACGCUAGCAUCACUGUGAUGACACAUGGUCAUGUUCCAUAGCAGUCUCUGUCUGGAAGAGAAAUAAAUACCAAAGAUAAAUUACUUAACA